GUGGCGGCCCGUGUCGGCGGCUGCGGCGGGUCGCGCGGCUCCGGCCCGUCUCGGGGGGCGGGCGUGGGGAGGCGAGGCCGCGCGCGAGCGAGCGAGCGCAGCGCGGGGCACGAUGUCCGACGCGGGCGGCGGGAAGAAGCCGCCUGUGGAGCCGCCGGCGGGGCCGGGCCCGGGCCCGGGGCGCGCGGCCGGGGAGCGGGGCCUGCCGGGCUCCUUCCCGCUGGUGCUGAAGAAGCUGAUGGAGAACCCCCCGCGGGAGGCGCGCCUCGAUAAAGAGAAGGGGAAAGAGAAGCUGGAGGAAGACGAGGCGGCGGCGGCCAGCACCAUGGCCGUGUCAGCGUCUCUCAUGCCGCCCAUUUGGGACAAGACCAUCCCGUACGACGGCGAGUCCUUCCACCUGGAGUACAUGGACCUGGACGAGUUCCUGCUGGAGAACGGCAUCCCCGCCAGCCCCACGCACCUGGCCCAGAACCUGCUGCUGCCCGUGGCCGAGCUGGAGGGGAAGGAGUCGGCCAGCUCCUCCACCGCGUCCCCGCCCUCCUCCUCCACCGCCGUCUUUCAGCCCUCGGAAACCGUGUCCAGCACAGAGUCCUCCGUGGAAAAGGAGAGGGAGACCCCCAGUCCCAUCGACCCCAACUGCGUGGAGGUGGACGUGAACUUCAACCCCGACCCCGCGGACCUGGUCCUGUCCAGCGUGCCGGGCGGAGAGCUCUUCAACCCGCGGAAGCACAAGUUCGCCGAGGAGGACCUGAAGCCGCAGCCCAUGAUCAAAAAGGCCAAGAAGGUCUUCGUCCCCGACGAGCAGAAGGAUGAAAAAUACUGGACGAGGCGCAAGAAGAACAACGUGGCUGCCAAGCGGUCCCGGGAUGCCCGACGCCUGAAGGAGAACCAGAUCACCAUCCGGGCGGCCUUCCUGGAGAAGGAGAACACGGCCCUGCGGACGGAAGUGGCCGAGCUGCGCAAGGAGGUGGGCAAGUGCAAGACCAUCGUGUCCAAGUACGAGACCAAGUACGGGCCCUUGUAACCCGCGUGCCCUGCCCGGCGCCACUGCCCGCUCCUUAGCCUGCUGGGGGCUCCCUGACACCCACCCGCGGGUGGAGACUUCGGACACUUCCCGGGCAGCUGGCGGUGCCCCGUGCCAGGAGCGUCCACGGUCAAGCUUCAUUGUCACGCGGCCGCGGGCGUGGGGAGCGCCUGCACCGGAGGUGGCUC